AUGUUACCCCGGUGGUGUGGGUUCAUAUUACUUUGCGCAGCCGUAGCUGUAGCCGACGAUGAGAGUUUCCUUGGUGCUAUGAAAUCAAUUUUAUUUGGAUCAGAUAGAGUAAAUGGCACAAUGCAUUCUGAUUCUGUGAUGCAUCCGCAACCACCCUCAGGAGGAUACUCUUUCCAUCAAUACCUUCAACCAAAUGCUGCUGUUCGACAACAAUCAACCGGUCAAUCAUGUAGUCAACCACAAGCGAUCGGUACAGGACCGUACAGAAUUCCAAGAUGGUAUUUCAACCCAGCGAGAGGUCGUUGCGAACUCUUCUACUGGUCUGGAUGUUGCGGUAAUGGAAACAAUUUCCAAACUUUCCAGAGCUGUCAAACUGUUUGUGAAGUCGAUCCAUGCAGUCAGAAUAAGGAACAAGGAGUUGGAGCCGUCCAACUCAACCGAUACUUCUUCAAUAAAGAAACGAAAAUUUGCGAACAAUUCACAUAUUUCGGAUCCGGGGGAAACCGAAACAACUUCGCCGACUUGUCUGAAUGUCAGACUCAGUGCCCAGAAACACCAAACCCAUGUGCGGUCGCUACCAAUGGCCCUCUCACUCAAUGUUCACCUGGAGUAAACUCAUGUGGAGUUGGAUACUACUGCCACAUCGGAGCAAAUACCCAAACAACUGUGUGUUGUCCAAAACCAUCUGCUGUUGAUAAAUGCCAACAGCCACUUAACAUUGGAGUUGGAAACGCUAACAUUCAAAGAUGGUAUUUCAACCCACUUUCUCAACAAUGUCAAUCCUGUGUCUACAAAGGACUCCAAGGAAAUGAAAACAAUUUCUUAUCUAAGCAAGAGUGCGAAAAUUCCUGUCUUGUUAAUCCCUGCCGUCUUGGAACUCCAUACAGAUCACAAGGAGUAACUGUCCAAUGCUCAGCUUCAAACCCAGGUGUCUGCCCAGGAGGAUAUUAUUGUCAUAUCGGAGCUGAUGUUCCAACUUCUGUUUGUUGUCAAGCUAUCGGCAACAGUCCAUGUGAGGAAAUGAUGAACAAGGGUGAAGGAUCUGCAGCUCUCACCAGAUUCUAUUAUGAUGCUGGGCAAAGAAAAUGCCUAGCUUUCAACUAUUUGGGAGCCAAGGGAAACACCAACAACUUUUUAACCAAAGAAUCCUGUGAAUCCACAUGUCCAGUAUGGAUUAACCCAUGUGCAACUGGCCAACCAUUGCUUACCAUGGAACAAAAACCUUUCCACUGCCAUCAGAGAGCUCCUUGUGCCGCAGGAUAUUUCUGUCAUUUGGGAUAUGAUGAUGCCACAACUGUUUGUUGUUCAUCUGAAGGAGAUCCAUGCACAUUGAUUGUGAAAGAAGGUUACGGCACACAGUCUGUCGGACGAUGGUUCUAUAAUCAACAAACUCGGCAGUGUCAACCAUUCACAUAUAAAGGAAUGGGUGGAAACGAGAACAAUUUCCUGCUUCGUGAACAUUGUGAAGCAACAUGCCCUGUAUGGGUCAACGCUUGCCCUUCUGGAGAUCCCUAUCUUUUACCAAAUGGAAAGCCUCAACCAUGUGAUGCUACUAAUGAAAACUCAUGCCCAAUGACUCACUGGUGUCAUGCUGGACCUGAUCAAGCUACUACCAUGUGCUGUCCUGGACGUUCUGACCCUUGUAUGAACGCUGUUGUUGAAGGUGAAGGACCUCUCCAAUUAACAAGAUUCUACUUCAAUGCUGCAACUCGACAGUGCGAAGAAUUUAUCUACAGAGGCUUGAAAGGAAAUUCGAACAACUUCCUCGGCAUCGAAGAUUGUGAAAGCCGUUGUCCCGUUCAAGUAAACCCUUGCCCAAUUACUUUCAAUUCCCUUAGACACUCGGUUAAAGUGAUGGCUUGUUCAGCUACUCAAUCUUGUCCGGACAAGCAUUGGUGUCACGUAGGAGAAACAAAGGAAACAACAGUUUGUUGUCCUAACGGUUAG